UUCAAGCGGUCUUUUUAAUGAAUUUUACUAAAAAUGUGUGAUCCAGAACCAAAACGUACGAGAAUUACUUUAACCCGAACCUGCCCAAAUCCUUUAUUCGAAAAGUGGCUCAACGAGUUCAUCUCCGAGGCAGAGAAAAAAGAUGCAAAAAGUCAAUUUCAGUUGAAAAAAGCUCUUACUUCGCUACAAAAAUUUCCUCUUCCAUUGAACACAGGCAGAGAUUGCAUCAUUCUCGAAGGAUUUGGCAAAGGAAUUUGCUCGUUGCUCGAUCAAAAGUUGGAAAAAUACAUCAAAAAUAACAUGAGAACCGUUGGAAAUGAAAAUAUUGUCGAACUUAGUGAAAGUUUUCGCAGCUCCGAGGUUUAUUUAAAGGAACAACGCAAAGAAAAAGAAGAAAUUUUACAAGCAGUGACGAAAGAAUUAGUCAAAGACGGCAUUGUCCCAUUGAGAAAAAAGCCUUCUGCCCCUAAAAAGUCUAAAAAAGUACCAAACACGAAGAUUUUCGAGCCAUUCACCUUCGAAACGGGCUCUUAUGAGAUAAUUUUACUGGUUGACACUCAAGAAACUGCUGGAAAAUCCAAAUCCCAUCUCGAUCGCACAAUCCAAGAACUGAAUCGCUACAACGUCAAAUUCGAAGUUCGUCGUUUAAGUGUCGGAGAUUUCCUGUGGAUCGCCAAAAAUGAAUCUGGGAAGGAGCUUGUGCUGCCAUUCAUCGUCGAAAGGAAGCGAAAAGACGAUUUAGCGUCAAGUAUCAAAGACGGACGUUAUUACGAACAAAAAUAUCGCCUGAAAAAUUGCGGAUUAUCGAAUGUUGUGUAUUUAAUUGAGAGUAUCGGGAACGGAAAUGAGCAACAUUUGGGCAUGCCAGUGCAGAAUUUGAUCCAAGCAACAGUCAACACGCGAAUUCAAAGCAAUUUUCAGGUGAAAUUCACGGAAAAUAAUCCGCAUUCGAUGAUGUAUUUGCACACGAUGACGGAAUUUUUGAAAAAAAUUUAUCGAGAAAAGCUUUUGGUGAGUUGUCUCAAAGCGGAUCUCGAAAAAAAGGAAAAAAGUGCGACAAUGGAGUAUUUGAUGGAAUUUGAGGAAUUCAACAAAGCUUCAACGAAAAAAGGAGAUCCAACAGUGCAAGAAAUUUUCGUUAAGCAACUUUUGCAGUUGAAAGGCUUGUCAGUGGAUAAAGCGAUUGCCAUUGUUGAAGUCUAUCCGACACCAAAAUCACUUCAAAUUGCCUAUAAAAACUGCUUUUUAACAAAAGAUGCUGAAAAUCUCCUCGCUGACAUCGUUCACGGACCUCUGCGAAAACCCAUUGGACCGGCAAUCAGCAAAACGCUCCAUCAGCUGUACACGAAUAAAGAUCCUUCGUAG